AUGGUCACCACAAGUAUCACCAACGUAAUCACAUCAACGACGUGUGCUAACACAAACAGCAGAGAACCAAACCAUCCCAUACCCGGACACUGGGAAAACCAGAACCACCGAGUGGGUUUCUCCAACACGGAGAACACAAUAACCAAUGGCCCAUAUACCGUAACGUACGGGGAAAACCACACACAAAGGGAUAAUACCCACCAAACAAUGAUACGGGACUGGCCGGAGGAGUCGAACCUAUUACCACGCGAAAACCUGCAGGCAGCAAAAGACGCGCUGCCCGAAUACUCGGGGAAAAAAGAAGAGGACCCCACACGCUUCCUGAACACAUCAAGGGACGUGCUCUUAGAAGCAAAAAUACCACGACAACGAUGGGUAAAAGUACUGGCUUCACAACUCAAAGGAGAUGCUGGAACAUGGUGGGGGAGAAUAAGAGCGAUCGACCCCACAUGGGAAGAAUUUCACAGGGAAUUCACCAACAAGUUCAACGGACCACAAGUCAGAGCGAAACUGCAUACAGAAUUGAUGGGGUGGAAACAAUACUAUGGACAACCUACGGGGGACUUUGUAUUACAAAAAAUCCAACUAUUCCGAAGACUGAAUACUGGACUGGACGAGGAGAAUGCAGUGGAGACCAUCAUACAACUAAUGAGACCAGAACAUCAGAACCUAAUAAGGGUGCAAAAACCAAAAACAUUUAUGGAACUCAACGAAGCAACAUACACGGUCACAGACCAAACCCAGACAAAAGGGAAAUCACACUGGGAUAAAACUGAAACCGCAAAACCGGAGUUAAGCACACCACAACAAAACAGGCAAAGAGAAUUCUGGAAUACCACGAAGUCGGGAAACGGGAAAAUGGUCGGGGAAAACCCACCGACCAAAAAAUAA